UUUUUAGUACUUUUUACGAUACUUUCUUUAUUAAUAAAUACUAUUUCGAGACCCCGUCGUUUUUUUUUUAAGCUAAGAAGUAGGAUUAUAAAGCGUAAAAUUAUUAAUAAAAAGGCCCUCGAGUACUUUUUAUAUAAUAGCGUUAAGGACCCCGUUAAAGUAAUUUUAAACGAGCUUAGGAAGGUAAAAGAAGUUAAGACUAUGUUCGAUCUAAGUAAUAGAAUCGUUUUUAAGAACUACUUAUAUAUACUUAGUAACGUAGCUCCGGAGGUUAUAGAACGCAACCUCUUAUUAAUACCCCCCUCUAUAUUAUAUAAUCGUAGAGUCGAUUUUUAA